AGGUAGAGGCGGGGCCUGUGAGUUUGGGGAAGAACACCUGUGGCACCUCCACCUGACAGAGCCACAGAGAGAGCAGGAGCUGACCAUUACUGUCGCUGCAUGCAGGGAGGACAGGAACCACUGAGAUACGGAAAAGACUGUUAUUAAAUUGGGAGAGGAGGAUUUUGGGGAAAUGGUCUGACCUUGUUUUGGAAGGGGUUUAUUGCGUUUUGGACCACAGAAAUCUCCUCCUGAAACGAAGACUGCCCUGCACUCUGUAAGACACAUCCACAGAUCUCUGCUCUGCUCCGUCCCGGUGUGUGGAGAUGACUGAACCGGCCCCCAGCUGGUGGAAGCUCACCUUCCUGAGGAAGAAGAAGUCCGAGCCCAAAGUCCUGUAUGAGAUCCCCACUGACUAUGGCAGCAACACGGGCCUUGGGCCAGAUGGCGACCUCCUGCCCAAUGACAGUCAGUUCAACGCCCGCCUUGAGAAGAUUGUGGACAAGACGGCCACCAAAGGCCGCCACGUGAAGGUGUCCCACUCCGGCCGCUUCAAGGAGAAGAAGAGGAUCCGUGCCACACUUGCCGAGAACCCAGAACUGUUCCCCAGCACGCAGGCCAGCGAUGAGAACCAGCAGAGAUCCCAAUAAGGGAGACUACAACGCACAGUGGACUGUCAUGUCCUCACUUGUCCGCAGAUAUACACAUACAUAUAUGCAGAGAUUGAAGAGAAACACAAACUACUCGGAGAAAGAUAACUGGCAGAUAUACAAGCAGAUCUGCUCCACACACACACACACACACACACACACACACACACACACACACACACACACACACACACAGGAAAUGUGAGGGUGUAAUACAUGAAAAACCUUGCACAAUUAAAAUCCAUUGAAGCCAUUACAAACCAGAGGCACUAUGUGUGUAGUCGAUUUCAGCAGGCAAGAUGCAUCUAAUAUUCCAUUACUGAGAUUAGAACCUCCAGCUCUCAGAAGGAUAAGUGACACACAAGCACGCACGCACGCACGCACGCACGCACGCACGCACGCACGCACGCACGCACGCACGCACGCACGCACGCACACACACACACACACACACACACACACACACACUACUUCAUGUAGUACAGAGUGAAGGGUAAGUUCCAUACAUAAUCAAUGUCCCUCUGAAAGAAGAUAUAUCCAGUUCUCAGAAGGCACCCCAUGGUCCACUAUAUCCCACAUAAACAGUUAAAUAAUUAAUACCUAUAGUCAGCGCAAGCAUUUAGUGUUUUAACUAAUCAUAAGACCGGUGAUUUCCACAUACUCAGGCCUAUUGUCAGCCAUAUGCAACUGGUGUGUUUUUGUAAAAAGUAAAUAGUUUACAUAUAAAGUUUCCACUUCAUGACAAAGAUGGUACAAUUACCUUGAUAGCUUUUGUUGGACUGUGAUUGGUUGGAUGGUCUCUAUGGUAACCAUGGCCCAUUAUGGUUGAAUCAUACUGGUGCUCAGAUCAAGGGAGUGUAAACAUGAAAAUUAUAUUAAAAAUGUUAAAGAAAAUAAAAAGCGAGCUAUAAUGUAUGUUUUAUCAUUAAAUUGUAUUUGGUAUGUCAGGGAUUUUUUAACACUUCAACACUUUAACACUUCAAUUUUUGAAGACCAUUUGGACUGUAACAAGGAAAAAACCCAUAUACUCCAGUAUUUUAAUUUUGUAUCAUCUUAUAUUUGUGUACAUACGAAAUAAAUGUUUAAGACUAUAUUUAGAGCUAUACUUUCAUAGCGUGGAGCUAACAGUAGUCAGUUAAUCUUCAGAGUUGAAUUGUUACUCUGAUUUCCUUUCAAGAUAAAUGUCCAAAUUGUUUUGUGUGUUAUAUAAAAGAAAACAGCUUUAUAUUCAACUGUACAUUUUGGUUAAUUUUGUAAAAUAUGAAAGAACUAAAGAAGUUUUGAUAUGUGUAAGAAAAUAAACAUGUUUGAUUUA